GCUGCGGCAAAAUGGUGGGAAAAAAUCAAUAGGUUUUCAAAACAGCCUGUGAUUUGUGAACACAAACACCCUGACCUACAUGUAUCCAGGGACUUGUCCCGGGAGUAACGCGUUUAGCUAGUACAUUUUACAUAGCUAUUAAAUAUUUUUUCGUUUUGGUUUCGGUAGAAAUUCAAUAUACCUACCUAAUCGUUCUAAAACCGCCGCGAGUGUCGAGAUUUUUAUUCGUCCGAAAAUACAUUUUGUUUUUUUUUUAACUAAUGUUAAAACUCGUACAAAUCUUACUGGCUGUAAAAUAUGAUAGCCGUGUAUCGCAGUCGAAUUUUGGUCAUAUCAAGGCAGCCUAACCAAAGGAGUCCAAUUAUCUAACAGCAUGGCAACCAAAUCUAGUCUAAGAUCCAAAUGGGACGAGUUUGUGGACUCUACAGCAGUCUCGUCUGUUGAGCUUCCCAGCUCUAGCCAAGUUUCGACCGGUGUUCGAAAUGUAGUCGGUUGGUUAAAACAGGCAUCUUUGGAAGUACAACACGCCAGCUUACGAACACUAAGUACCAUGACCGAUCAGAUGUCUGGAUCCACACCACCAUUAGUUAUUCUUCAUUUCAAUGACGUGUACAACGUUGAAGCUAGAGAUCAAGAGCCGUGCGGUGGCGCAUCGCGGUUCUCCACUAUGAUCAAGUCGUUUGCUCACUUACAACCUAUGAUAUUGUUUAGCGGAGAUGUAUUUUCUCCAAGCAUGUUGAGCACUUUUACAAAGGGAGAACAGAUGUCAAAGGUACUGAACAACUUAGGGACACAAUGUGCUGUUUAUGGAAAUCACGAAUUUGAUUUUGGACUGGAAGUGUUAGCAGAACGUGUAUCCGAAACCAAUUUUCCAUGGCUAAUGUCAAAUGUGGUUGAUAAUGAGACUGGUAGGCCUUUGGGCGAUGGUAAAAUUACUCACGUCUUUGAUUGGCACAACAGAAGAAUUGGUUUAGUUGGCUUGGUCGAACGAGAUUGGUUAGACACUCUGGCUACUAUUGAUCCGGAAGAAGUAACGUUCAUAGAUUUCGUUGAAGCUGGCCGAUCGUUAGCAAAACAACUUCGAGAAGACGGCUGUGAUUACAUAAUAGCUCUUACUCACAUGCGUAUGCCAAAUGACGUCAAGUUGGCCGAAAAUGUGAGUGAAAUCGAUUUAAUCCUUGGCGGCCACGAUCAUGCGUAUGAUGUACAGAAAAUAAACGAUAGGUUUAUUGUCAAGAGUGGAACUGACUUCAGAGAAUUUUCAAAAAUAACUAUUAAUCUGGAAGGGUCUAACGACGCAGUUGAAAUACAGAGGAUUGAAGUCACCAAAGAUAUUAAAGAAGACGUUGUUAUGAAAGAAAUUUUGGAUUCUUAUUUGGGUGUGAUGGAAGGAAAGAUGGGCGAAGUACUAGGUACAUUUCAUGUUGAAUUAGAUGGUCGGUUCAGUCAGAUAAGAACCAGCGAAACGAACCUGGGAAAUUGGGUAUGCGAUGUUUUAUUAGCGGCCACCGGAGCAGAUUUAGUGAUGUUGAAUUCCGGCACUUUUCGCUCUGAUCGUAUUCAUCCUCCUGGCGAUUUCACUUUAGGUGACCUCGUUAACAUUGUGCCUAUGCAAGACCCUACUAUUGUCAUACAAGUUACUGGUCAACAAAUUUUAGGAGCAUUAGAAAACGGUGUAAGUAAAUAUCCGAAAACCGAAGGACGUUUUCUCCAAGUAUCUGGUAUUAGUUUUGGUUUUGAUCCAGAAGCUGAACCAGGCAGUAGAAUCGAACCGAAUUUAGUUAAAAUAGGUGACGAAUACCUCAUUCCCAACCAGUCGUACAGGUUGGCCACAAAGUGUUAUUUACACAACGGAUGCGAUGGAUACACUGUGUUAAAAAAUUCUCCCGUUGUGAUUAACGAAGAAGAAUGUCCAGAAUUGAGCUUGGCCAUUCAAAAUCAUUUUGCCGCAAUCAAAAUGAGACAGGGAAAAUCACAUCGUUUUUCGAAACACAGGCAAAGUCUGGUGACCUUAUCUCGAAGACACAGUCUGGUCAAAUCUAUGGAAGGCAACGAGUGGGAGGGAGGGCCUUCUCCGCUCAGACGAGGAUCUCUAACUUCUCCGAGCUUGUCUAUUCACCAUCAUGGUUAUUCACAUUCUCCGUCCCCUCCGUCCUCUGGACACCAUUUUCAUCAUCAUCAUCACAAGUUAAACAGACGCGCCAGUUUCGACGACCUGGAACAACAAACGUGUCAGUUGUCUCCGAAAUUACAAAACCGAAUCAUCAAGUUGAAUGCUCAGCUCAGGCGAGAGAUGUUAGCCGACCGUCAACGAUUAGAAGCCGAAUCUGUUAUUCAAGAAGUUGACGAGCUAAACAGUUCUCCUCAAGGAAGUUUUGAUCAGUCUUAAGUUACCAAAACUUUGUUACCCCAUUAAUAACCAAUCUUUUUAAACAUUUCUCGUUCCUCUCCCUGCCUCUAUUCUAAGGCUAUUUACCAUUUCCAUUAUAAUAAAAGUGUUAUUGUUAAUCAUUUAUCACGUAUAAGUCUAUAUAGGCAACCUUUAUAAUAAUAAUAUUUGUUUGUUUGUUGAAUUCUUGAACAUAAUUAUAUAAUAAAAAUCGUAAUAAAACCCAAUAACGUAUUUUAGUCGUAAAGAUAAUUACUUAGUUAUACUACCAUUACUAUUACAUAUAUAUAUAUUUAUUUAUGUUUAAUUGAACAAUUAUAAAAAUCAUAAUUCAUUGUGAAACGCAGACCGGCCAAAAACCAAGUCCAUUUUUUAAUAUUUUAAGGUUUUUAUGCAUUCUAGUCACAUGCGAGAUUUUAGUGAUUUAUUUUUUAACUAUAACCAUAAUGUAUUGUCUCAUUUAAAUUAAAAAGUAUU